AUGAACAUCCCGACCAUGAUGGUUGUCGAUAAACUUUCGCGCCCGAACGCGCAGUCCGGCUGGCCGAGGAACGAAUGUUCCGCGCUCGGCCAAAACGUCCGUCCGACUGAAGUCUCGGCCAAAGUUCAAACCGUUCGGCCGAUCACGCAUCACGACCCGGGAAACAUUGUCCCGCGGUCGGCCAAGCCACAACGUCACGCCACGCCGCGCACGACCAUGCCGCGCGAGCCGGGAACAAGCCUCGCGGCCGCGCAACCUUCUCGCGUACCACGGCCGAUGGUCCGAGCCGUCCCACGUCCGGCCGAGAAACCAUCGGCCAAAUUCCAUCCCGUCCGACCACCGGCCGACCGAAAUCAUCCGGCCACGACCGUUCCGACUCGGCCAAGACCCGACUGUCCGGCCGACGUCCCGACCGACCGUCCGAACGCCGCGGUCGACCCGAAGCCGUUUUUGAAGCCCAAUCCGCACAAUUCAAGCCCAAAGCCGGCGCCGACCUAG